UCUUUUCGGUCGACAAACGACGCAUCUGGCGGGACGGAAAGAACUGGUUUCCCGCUCUGGUCGUUCCACGGCUGUGGGAAAACUGCGAUGUCUGUUUCUGCCACACGUCGCCUGCGAGGAUUUUAUGAAGUGUACUUUCUCGCGACUGCGGUAUUUUCAGUCGACGCAUCUUCACCUGGAAGUCGACUUCUUCGCUUCUGUUUUCCUUCUCGCUUCUUCGACUCAGAUUUGCCUUCCCUCGAGCUUGCCUCGCUCCGUCACGACGGCCUACCGCCGUGAUCCAGACCAAAAACCUCGCCUAGGAAGGCGACGAGGCUCGCAAUCACCGGAGGAAAACUCGUUCAAAGACACGGUUUGUGUUGCAAGACCGUCCUGCCUGACUCCUCUCGCACCUGGUGCAUGCAUCGAUUCUGUCCAUCCGUGUAUCUGAGUUGACAUGCGGUUGUAGAUGCUGGAUGCUGUCUGCUCUGGAGGCUGCAGACUCGGACCAGUGCAUGUUUAAAAAGCGAAGAAACUGCUCACCAUGGCUGCGUCGACACUGGCCGACUCAAAGGGUCGCCAGCCUGCCUCUCAGGCUCAGGAACUCCCCCAGCAAAGAGAGGAACGCUCCUCUGCGGGAAGCCAGGCUACUUGCAAGCAAACCGCUUCUGCUUCCUCUGCUUCUGUUGCUUCUGCUUCUGUUGCUUCUGCUUCUGUUGCUUCUGCUUCCUCUGCUUCUGCUUCCUCUGCUUCUGUUGCUUCUGCUUCUGUUGCUUCUGCUUCCUCUGCUUCUGGUGCUUCGUCUGCCUGCUCGGUGCCCGCUCUCGUUUUAGCUUCCUUGCUUCCUGCAGCUGCACAUCUCGAGCGGUGCUACAGCGUCUGCUGUACAGGCACACAUGUGUUUGUGGGCGGAGGCAGCAUUUCCGGUUUCGUUUGCGUCUGGAAGCUUCCCGGCGACCUCCUCAGCGAAUUCGUUGCCCAGCAGAGCGACGGCGACAGAGGCACCGAGGCGGCGCCGCUGCAUGCACGCGCUGUCCAUACACGCGGGAAAGAGAAAUCCGCAGAAUGGCAGUUUGUCGGCGUCCUCGGUUCCAUGGUGUCGCCCGUCGUUCAGCUGAAACUCAACAGCACUCGCGAGCGACUCGCGGCCGUCACACAAUCCUCAAUCGGCUACAUUUGGGACGUGAGUCCGGCGGCUCUCUCUUCUCUGUCCGCCUUGUCUGCGUCGGCGAAUGUCGCUCUUUCUUCCUUCGAGAGUUUAACGUCUUGCUCUUCCCUGCCCUCUUGGCUGGCAGAUGUCUUCGCGGGAGACUCUGCUCAAAGCUCCUCUCCGCCCACUCAGUCCAAAACGGCGCUGCCUGCCUCCGUCAGCCAUCUACUGCAUGCUGGGCCGAAGCCGGUGGCGGUUCUGGGAGGCUCGGAGUCGCCUGCAAACGUCGCAUGCGUCGAAUUCCUCCCCGAUGGCGCCAUGCUCGCUGCAGGCAGCAGCGUACCUCUCUCAGUUGACCAAGUCGGCCGCGAAGGCGCUGCCUGUCGAGCGCCGCUAAGCCUGUACCACUGCGAGUCUGGCCAACGCAUUGCGGAGUUCCCCGGCUUCGUUUUCUCCGGAAAGAAAACUUCUCACGCGCCUCGUGCUCCUCUCCUCCUCUCCAGCAUCGCCGCGGUUGCCAUGGACCCCCACAAGUUUGUGCCGCCUCUCCCAACCGACGCUUCUACUUCUCGCUCCGCAAGUCGCUGGCUGGCUGCGGGGGACGCGGUGUGCGGCUGUGUGGCUUUGCUUCUGCUUCCCGAUGGCUUGUUGAUGCAACUGCGGAGACAACAUGAGAGUCUUCUGCAUGCGUGGAAUGAAAAAGAAACGAGACGUCUGGGCCUGCACCAGCUUCGACGCAGACGCGACGAGGCCUCUCUCGCUGCCGCUGCUCAGCGCGAAUCCACGCCUGCAGACGCUGAGCCUGGGGAGAAAGAACGCAUGCAGAAACUCGAGGAGGCGGCGGCGGAGGCGGAAAAGGCCUACCAAGCAGCCCUCGCAGAGGCGGCUGCGGCUGGAGAUGACGUCAAGGAUCGCGACGAAGAAGACGAGAAUUUCGACGAAAGAAAUCCGAUGCCGUUCGUACAACCUGUUCUCCUCAACCUUCCAACCGUCGUCGCGCAACUCAGUGAAGCUGCUCCAGUAGAGAUGACGUCUAUGGCUUGGCGGCCGCGGCGGCAGGGACAUCGCGGCUCUCUCCAUCUCUACGUCGCAUGCACCGACGGCUUCGUCCGCAUCCUUCAACUGAAUCCGGUGGCAGUGGACGCAUCCUCUCAGCACACCCUUCAAGUUCGAAGCACUGUCCUCUGCAAAGUUGCCAGCGGAACUUGCGCCGGGGAUGUUCGUUCGCUGAUUUGUCUUCGGCCGUACUCGCGUCGUGGACACCUGACCGUGGCUGCAUGCAACGCUUUCGAUUUCACCUCGUUUGCGUCCUUUGCCUCCGCGUUGCCGGCUCUCUCGGACGCGCCGCCUGACCCCCAGGACGGCGCGGAGAGUUCUUCGAAAGACAACGGAUCUUCUGCGUUCUACCAAGUUCGCGUCGUCGAAGGCCUAGGCGAAGCCGGCGACGAGAUCGCUGCAUGCAUUCACUGUCAUGCAGACUUCAUUUGCGGUGUCGCCGCUUCACCCUCGGGUGUCGUUGUCGUCUCUCUCGCUGCCGACAAACGCCUUGCUGUGUACCUGCGCUCCGAGGCUGUCCAGGAUCGCCUGAAGAAGGACGAGGAAGAGAAGAAGAGACGAGAAGCAGAAGAGAAGAGGAGGAGAGAAGCCGAAGAAGAGGAGAAGCGGAGGAGAGAAGCUGAAGAAGAGGAGAAGCGGAGGAGAGAAGCCGAAGAAGAGGAGAAGCGGAGGAGAGAAGCAGAAGAGGAGAAGCGGAGGAGAGAAGCCGAAGAAGAGGAGAAGCGGAGGAGAGAAGCAGAAGAGGCACAGCGCCUGGAAGACACCGCGACAGAGUCGAAGACAGAGUCGGAGAGGAUGAGCCAUGCAGAGGAGGGAGGAGACCCAGGGAUUAACGCGGCGGGGGAAGAGGAACCAAGAGAGUUCGGACAGGCAAAACUGGGGGAAGUGACUGCGCAAGCGGACGAGAUGCGGGACGAGGGUGAGGGAGAAGAAGAGAGACCAAGUAGGCGGAAAGGAGACACUUUAGACAACGAGGCAGAGGGAGGAAGUUCCCCGAAGAGACUGAAAGCGAGUUUGUCGCCAGCGGAAGACGCAGAGGAACAUCUCCCCGAAGGAGACGAAGAUGACCUCUUUGGAGAGGAAUAAACUCACUGACAAAGUGAAAAGGCGCCGUAACUACAAGUGAACCUUUGUGCGUCGGCUUCCUUUCUUGUUUCUUUCUGUAUACACUUACAUUCACGGUAUGAAUUGAGGAGAGUGGAUGUGUGUGUUCAUCGCGUCCCCCUCCACUCCUUGCCCAGGAGUGACUGUUGGAGCAUUUUUAAUGGUGGAUUUGAAUUCUGAUUUGUUGAGAGAACUGUGCGGAAUCGGCGGUCUCUGCGGAUGCGCUUCACACUUGACAUCCAUGCAGCAGGUCACACCCUGCAUUUCACUCUUUUUACAGAAGUCCCGAUCAAUUGAUGCAUCCAGAGUCUUUCAUUCAAGGCAGAGCGAGGCAUGAAAAGCUGCUGCUUCAGGAGUCAAUCCGACAACGUUACAAAGGCUCAGCGACCCGGGUGAUGCUGUCGACGCAUGCAGAUGGACCACAGUCGACGCCUGCAACAAAUGUGAUGCGCGUAGAAUGCCUUGUGCCAUCUCACAGCAACCUGGUACACAAACGAAGCUCGAGACUUCUUAAAUGCUGCGAAGCUGCAGCAGCCGCUUC